GUUCUACCGCCAUCAACUCUAUUAAUUCCACCAUGAAAGUCUGCACAUUCUGCAACUCCAUCCAAAACCCAUCUCUAAAGUUCCAAUCUUUUCUCUUAAUCUUCUCAGCCACUCUCCUCAUUUGCUUCACCGAAUCCAAACUCCAAACUCCACCACUCAUUCUACCCCUCAGAACCCAACAAAUUCCAUCUGGGUCCCUCCCAAAGUCCCCAAACAGGCUUCCUUUCCACCACAAUGUCACCCUCACAGUCACCGUCGCAGUCGGAACUCCGCCGCAGAACGUUUCGAUGGUCAUCGACACCGGAAGCGAGCUCUCCUGGCUUCACUGCAACAAAACCCGGGACUAUAACAACACAUUCGAUCCGACCCAGUCCACCUCCUACUCCCCCGUCCCAUGCUCCUCAGCCACCUGCACGAACCAGACCCGAGACCUCACCAUACCCGCUUCUUGCGACUCCAACAAGCUCUGCCACGCCAUGCUCUCCUACGCCGACGCCUCGUCCUCCGAAGGCAAUCUCGCCGCUGAUACGUUCUACAUCGGCAGCUCCGGAAUUCCGGGUUUAGUAUUCGGGUGCAUGGAUUCAACAUUUAGCUCCAACUCCGACGAAGACGCGAAGACAACCGGGUUAAUGGGCAUGAACCGCGGGUCGCUCUCUUUCGUUUCCCAAAUGGGUUUUUCGAAAUUCUCGUACUGCAUUUCGGGUUCCAAUUUCUCGGGUCUCUUACUUCUCGGGGACUCCAAUUUCUCAUGGAUCGCGCCAUUAAAUUACACGCCGUUGAUCCAAAUCUCGACGCCGUUACCGUACUUCGACCGCGUCGCGUACACCGUCCAGCUGGAGGGUAUUAAAGUUUCGGACAAGUUGCUGCCGAUACCGAAAUCGGUUUUCAUACCGGACCACACCGGGGCGGGUCAGACAAUGAUCGACUCGGGCACCCAGUUCACCUUCCUUCUCGGCCCGGCUUACACGGCCUUGAGAACCGAGUUCCUGAACCAAACAUCCGGCAUUUUGAAAGUCUCGGACGAUCCGAACUUUGUCUUCCAAGGAGCCAUGGAUUUGUGUUACUGGGUCCCACAGGGUCAACCGAAACUGCCCCCGUUGCCUUCGGUCAGUUUAAUGUUUCGGGGGGCCGAGAUGAAGGUGUCGGAUACCCGGCUGCUGUAUCGGGUUCCGGAUCAGGCUAAGGGAAAUGAUUCCCUGCAUUGCUUCACAUUCGGAAACUCUGAUCUUUUGGGCGUGGAGGCGUACGUGAUUGGUCACCAUCAUCAGCAAAACGUGUGGAUGGAAUUCGACCUCAGAAAUUCAAGGAUUGGACUGGCUGAGGUGCAGUGUGAUUUGGCGGGACAGAGAUUUGGUCUCACUGUAUAGCUCCAUCGCUUCGAUUGUCUUAGCCUUACGCACUAUAAGAGCAACCUGCAUGAAACGCUUUAAUUGUAACUGUCUCAUUUCGCUCCAAUAAUUUUAUACUAGGGGUAAAUUUUUUUUCAUGUGCCAUAACAUUUUGGACCCAACACUAUGUAGCGGUUAGUACGGUUCAUAAUUUCUUCUCAGGCGUCGACGGUUUUCAAUUGGACCAUGUAGAUUUAUUGUGUAGCUGAGGACCAUGGUAUUUACAAUGGUCCCUCGGUAGUGUUGUCGUCUUACUAUCAUGGCUCAAUCAUGAUGGUUACUUGUUAGAUGCAUGGACCAUUUUGAUUGGAGGAUGAGAGUAGAGUAUAUAUAGAUAGUAUGAUAAGCAUUGUUUUUGUUGCACAAACUUGUUUUUGCCAAUAAUGUGCAAUGGAAGGUUUAAUUUUUGUGAA